AUGGCACAUCCCACACAAUUAGGAUUCCAAGACGCGGCAUCACCCGUUAUAGAAGAACUUCUUCAUUUCCAUGAUCAUGCUUUAAUAAUUGUCUUUUUAAUUAGUACCUUAGUACUUUAUAUUAUUGUUGCAAUAGUAUCAACAAAACUCACAAACAAGUAUAUCUUAGACUCCCAAGAAAUUGAGAUCGUAUGAACCGUGUUACCAGCCGUAAUUCUUGUCUUAAUUGCUCUCCCCUCCCUACGAAUUCUUUAUCUUAUAGAUGAGAUUAAUGAUCCCCACCUAACAAUUAAAGCCAUAGGACAUCAGUGAUACUGAAGCUACGAGUACACGGAUUACGAAAAUCUAGGUUUCGACUCAUAUAUAAUUCCAACCCAAGACCUUAACCCAGGCCAGUUUCGGCUUCUUGAAGCAGAUCACCGCAUGGUUGUUCCCAUGGAGUCCCCUAUCCGAGUGCUUGUUUCAGCCGAGGAUGUAUUGCACUCCUGAGCCGUCCCUUCCCUUGGCGUAAAAAUAGACGCAGUCCCAGGUCGUCUAAAUCAAACAGCCUUCAUUGCGUCCCGACCAGGAGUAUUCUACGGCCAAUGCUCUGAGAUCUGUGGGGCAAACCACAGCUUCAUGCCUAUUGUAGUAGAAGCAGUUCCACUUGAACACUUCGAGAACUGAUCCUCACUAAUACUAGAAGACGCCU